CAGGGGCCGACGAGAAGCGUUUCCGGCGCCGCGGCUGUGACGUGUGCGGUCGGCGCCGGGCUGUCCGGCGGGCGGGCGGUGGGAGAUGGCGGAGUAUCUGGCCUCCAUCUUCGGAACAGAGAAGGACAAAGUCAACUGUUCGUUUUAUUUCAAAAUCGGAGCUUGCCGUCAUGGAGACAGAUGUUCUCGGUUGCACAACAAACCAACAUUUAGCCAGACCAUCUUGAUUCAAAACAUCUAUCGUAACCCCCAAAACAGUGCACAGACGGCUGACGGCUCACACUGUGCUGUGAGCGAUGUUGAGAUGCAGGAGCAUUACGAUGAAUUCUUUGAGGAGGUCUUCACAGAAAUGGAAGAAAAAUACGGUGAAGUUGAGGAGAUGAAUGUUUGUGAUAACCUUGGAGAUCAUCUAGUUGGAAAUGUAUACGUAAAGUUUCGCCGUGAAGAAGAUGCAGAAAAGGCUGUGAUUGACCUGAACAAUCGCUGGUUUAAUGGACAGCCUAUUCAUGCUGAGCUUUCACCUGUGACCGAUUUCAGAGAGGCCUGUUGCCGUCAAUACGAAAUGGGAGAGUGUACACGAGGAGGUUUCUGCAACUUCAUGCAUUUGAAGCCCAUUUCUCGAGAGUUAAGACGUGAGUUGUACGGGCGUCGUCGUAAAAAGCAUAGAUCCAGGUCGAGGUCCCGUGAACGUCGGUCUAGAUCCAGAGAUCGUGGUCGUGGAGGUGGUGGUGGAGGAGGAGGAGGACGUGAACGUGAUAGGAGGCGGUCAAGAGAUCGUGAAAGAUCCGGUCGAUUCUGAGCCAUGCCAUUUUUACUGUAUGUCUGCUAGAAAGUGUUGUAGUUUGACCAAACAAGUUCAUAAUGAGAUUUUUUUUAAAGAUGGGCUUCUGAAUAAAAAUUUGUAGUGAUACAGUAUUCUUUGUGUAACUUGUUUCUUGUGGGGGGGAGUCUUUUUAACUGUCAUUCCUCUAUCUUGACAAAUACCUGGAUUAAUACUAUGCCUGAGGGAAAGGUGGUAAAUGUAUUGGAGGAGGGCCGGUUUGGGGGUUUUUUAUUUUUAUUUUUUAUUUGGACAUGAUUUGAACUGUUGAUGAAAAUGUGUGUGUAUAUAAUAUGAAAUAUUAUAUACAUAGUAAAAAAUAAUAUACUGCUUAAGAAACAGUUACUCAAAUAAGUUUCCCUUUUCUGCUAUGCUGUCUGCUUAUUUAGGUUAGUUUAGGCACAUUUAAAAGGAAGGCUGUGCGAAGUGCAUUUAUUUACCAAGUAGAAACGCUUAGUUACAAAAUGUAUGUUUGUUUGUUACCAGAAGUCUGUGCUCUGUCUAUCAAUGUGACUGUGGCAUUUACAAUAAAUCCAGUUUCUUGGUGUAAAAUCUAAAGCCUUUUUUCUAAGCACUCUGGAGUAGUUGUGUUGCUACUCCUGGCAGUGCCAGAGUUCAUAGCUGAGGGUUUUUUUUAUUCUUGACUAAUUUCCUCAUCUUUGCUAGAAAUGAAGUUACCUAUUGCAAUGUGCGGGAGGGGUGGGAAACAGUAUUUUUAUCUCAGUAGCAAUGAGUUUCUUUUUUAAAAACUCAUGCUCCAUACAACAGGAGACGCAGGAUCUAUUGACAGAAACUAAAGGUCCUAAAUAGAAGGCCCAAAUUUCUUAACAGACUGAAUUUUUUCACUGUGUUCUCCUAGCUGUUGCUUAAUGAAGAGCGUUUCCCUAGUGUUCGAGCUGACAGAGGACUAAUUGGAUACUAAGGAAAAUUUAUUUUUUUCCAGCUUUACUUACUUUCCAGUUUUACUUUUGAAGAGAUGUAAAGUGUGAUGGAGGCUGACAAACAGGUGGCAGUUUCUUCACAAGACUUUUUCUGUCUUGGUUCAGUUGAAUCGCACAACAGCUAUGUAUCUUAGGUUGUGCAUCCCUUAAGGAGUUAAAAGUUUGAGAUAUUGCUUGAGAGACUGUACAGUGUACUUGCAAUUUCAAUUCAUUCAUGUCUGCUUUUACUCAGCUUGUGUGGUAGCAUGAAGUUUUGGUCAGUGGUCAUAUUUAUGUCUGAAACUACCUAAUGCAAUAUAGCUUUCUGACGUGACAGAGCAUUUACCAGCUCUUCUUUAAUUCUCAGAGUACAGUAACUUGAUAAGUGAUAGAUCUGCUCCUUAAUUAUUUAAAAUAAAUAAAAGGAAGGAUAAUAAAGGAUAUGGAAGUGUUGCAUAGGCAGAUUAACAAACCAGCUUCUCUGUCUCAAAAAUAAAUACAAAAUCACUUUGCUCGCUGUAACUUGGAGAUGGCAAAGAAAAAUAUAUUAAAAAGUGUGCAUUUCUAAAUGGAUAUAAGUUGUCUUUUAGAACUACAUUCUUGUACCAACUUAAAUUGAAUUUAUUAUGUUCUGAGUGGUUUGGCCAAUGAGUUUGUGGAAUUUAUUCUGUCUAACUUUUAAAAAGAAAAGUAUCUCUACAUGAAGAGAGCUUCAUUAUUUAUAUUUUGUUGCAAAUACAUGAAUUAUUAAUUCUUUUUUGGUGGAAGAAGUUGAUCGAUGCCUAGAAUAGAUGGCUGAACUGAAACCUGUGGUAUGUCUGCUAGGUAUUAGGAAUUUAACAUUGAUAACUUAGUUCUGGUUUAAAGGACAGUAAUCCAGUUCCAUUUCCUCAAUGAGAUUUAGGAUUAUUAGUGAACUAAUUUAAAUCUCAAGCUCAAAAAGGUGAGAAUAGCCACUAGUUUUUAAUACGCUAUCUAGUAUAAUGUGGCUACUAGUGGUUACUAAUUAAAAAGCUUAAGAUCUUUUUUCACAUGGGUUAUUGGCACAAGCUAGUUUGCUGUAUAAACAAAGUCAUUUUAAACUAGUAUAAAAGUCUCUAUAACGGCUUUCAUCUGUUUAUCUAAGCAGUGCUGAACAGCAAGUACAUUUUUUUUGUGUGAACAGAUAGCAAACAGUUUUCCUCCCCCUCUUGUAACUGGAAGAUGUCUUAAAGGGCACUGAAAGUAAUGGUAAUGGCAUUCAACAUGUAAACCAAGCUCAUGAUACAACAUCAGUGAUGUUCACCUUUAAGGAUGUAUGCUACCAAUAAAAUUAAUCCCAUCUGAAAUGUAAACUGCAUAAACUUAGUUAAAUGUGGUAGUCCAAACUGGAUUCAUUUACCAGUGCAAAGGUAGGGAAUCCUACCCACCCGUUCUAUUCUUAUUUACAGUGUGUAUGGAGUUGAAUUUUUCCCACCCUCCCUAUAGGUUCCUGUUUCUCACAGAUACAUUGUUGGCUCUUAACAGUGGAUCUUAACUUAUGGAAUUCCUUUACCUCAAAUAAGUGACAGCAUACAGUAUUUUCUGAAGUCUGAGUCAAUUAGAUUGAAACUGUUAAUCCCGAGUGGCUUCCUCUUAUUUGUAUUUGGCUCUUAUUCUGUGAAAAUGCUGCUUGUCCAUGAAUAUGAUGUAUGUUGAGACUGUAAAACCAAAUGGAGAAAAUUUGUUCAAAAAUAAAGCCUUUUUUAAUAAGAAUCUGACAAAAA